AUGGCGCUGCACUUCCAGAGUUUGGCAGAAUUGGAAGUAUUAUGUACUCAUCUCUACACAGGGACUGAUCUAACACAAAGAAUAGAGGCUGAGAAAGCACUCCUGGAACUUAUUGACAGCCCAGAAUGUCUCAGCAAGUGUCAACUUCUAUUAGAACAAGGAACAACAUCCUAUGCUCAGCUCCUGGCAGCCACAUGUCUUUCAAAACUUGUUAGCCGAGUCAGUCCUUUGCCAGUAGAACAGAGAAUAGAUAUCAGAAACUACAUUCUUAAUUAUGUGGCAUCACAACCCAAGCUGGCCCUCUUUGUCAUCCAAGCCCUUAUUCAAGUCAUUGCUAAAAUAACUAAAUUGGGAUGGUUUGAAGUUCAAAAAGACCAGCUUGUCUUCAGAGAAAUUAUUGCUGAUGUGAAGACAUUUCUUCAGGGUACCGUGGAACACUGUAUCAUAGGAGUAAUAAUCCUUUCAGAAUUGACUCAAGAAAUGAAUCUGGUUGAUUAUUCUAGACCUUCAGCAAAACACAGGAAAAUAGCUACCUCAUUUCGUGACACUUCUCUCAAAGACAUCUUAGCGCUAGCAUGUUCUCUUCUAAAAGAGGUGUUGGCCAAACCUUUAAAUCUUCAGGAUGAAGGUCAACAAAACCUAGUAAUGCAGGUCUUGAAACUGGUCCUCAACUGCCUUAACUUCGACUUCAUUGGCAGUUCAGCAGAUGAAUCUGCAGAUGAUCUUUGCACAGUGCAGAUCCCAACCACCUGGAGAACAAUUUUUCUGGAACCAGAAACAUUGGAUCUUUUCUUCAAUUUGUAUCACUUACUUCCGCCACUACUGUCUCAGUUAGCGCUUUCAUGUUUAGUUCAGUUUGCUUCUACUAGAAGGUCCUUAUUCAGCAGUCCUGAACGUGCCAAGUACCUUGCUAAUUUAAUUAAGGGAGUAAAACGGAUACUUGAAAACCCUCAGGGAUUGUCUGAUCCAGGUAAUUACCAUGAAUUUUGUCGAUUUUUGGCUCGUUUGAAGACAAAUUAUCAGCUGGGAGAGUUAGUUAUGGUGAAGGAGUAUCCUGAAGUUAUCAGAUUGAUUGCUAAUUUUACCAUUACUAGCCUACAGCAUUGGGAAUUUGCUCCCAACAGUGUUCAUUAUUUAUUAACUCUGUGGCAAAGGAUGGUAGCUUCAGUUCCUUUUGUGAAAUCAACUGAACCCCACUUAUUAGACACUUAUGCACCAGAAAUCACGAAGGCCUUUAUCACUUCUCGGUUGGAAUCUGUUGCCAUAGUUGUGAGAGAUAAUUUAGAAGAUCCGUUGGAUGAUACUGCCACUGUCUUUCAGCAGUUGGAGCAGCUAUGCACUGUCAGCAGAUGUGAAUAUGAGAAGACAUGCACUCUUCUUGUCCAGCUGUUUGACCAAAAUGCACAGAAUUACCAAAAGCUUCUGCAUUCUGCUUCUGGGAUAACGGUAGACAUGGCAAUUCAGGAAGGACGUCUUGCAUGGCUAGUAUACUUAGUUGGGACAGUUGUUGGAGGAAGAUUAACAUAUACCAGUACAGACGAACAUGAUGCUAUGGAUGGAGAAUUAUCCUGUCGAGUUUUUCAGCUUAUAUCACUAAUGGAUACUGGAUUGCCUCAGUGUUCUAAUGAGAAAAUAGAGCUUGCAAUUUUGUGGUUCUUGGAUCAGUUUCGUAAAACAUACGUUGGUGACCAACUUCAAAGAACCUCAAAGGUAUAUGCCCGGAUGUCAGAAGUGCUAGGAAUAACAGAUGACAACCACGUUCUAGAAACAUUCAUGACGAAAAUUGUUACAAACCUUAAAUACUGGGGAAGAUGUGAGCCUGUAAUUUCAAGGACUCUUCAGUUCCUAAAUGACCUUUCUGUUGGAUAUCCUUUUUACUAUAUGCUUGACCAUUUAUAUGAUAAGCCUAACAAGUGCAUUCCAUUAGCUAGGUACUUUUAA